AUGUUUGCCGCCGCGCCGCCACCCCCAGCGUGCCGCGCCGCCCAUCUCGCUUGCCGCGCUGGCACCCGACCCUACCUCCACCACGCCGGCGCCACCACUCGGCCCCGCCACCACCACCUCGCCGCGCCCCCACGGAGGCGUGAGCGGCGCCCGGCCGGUCAUCCCGGAGGCACGCCGCCCCGACCCCACGGCGGCCCGUGCCCCGAUGUGAGCCGGCGUGCAGCCCGGCGCGCGGAGCUGCGGUGGGCACAGCAACGCGGGGGGCACAGCAACGCCCGGACGGUCACCCCCACCUUGCCGACGUGCCGCCGAUCCCUGCCGCGGCGGUGUCUGCCCGACGCGGCGGCCACCCCGACGCACCGGCUCCGGCGCACCGGCGGGCCCUCCGCCACCACCCCUCCGCUGCCGGCGGGCCACAGUGCCGCCUCCACGGCAACACCGGGCCGCCACAGUGCUGCCUCGAUCAUGCCUCUCCGCGCCGCGUCCACGCCGCCCAGGGCCGCCGCCGCCGCGCGCAGGAAGCCGGGGCAGAGCUCUCCCGCAGCAGUGCCUCGUCCACGCAUUGCAUUGCCCGCGUUCAGCCCUUCGAUUACCGCGAGAAGUACUACCGCGAGCCGUAGCUUGACAUCAACGACCCUGCCAAGCUGUUGCGCGCCUGCCCCGUGAGUUGCAUGGAUUUGAUUUGCACUUGUAUGGACUUUUAUGAACUUGUAUGGACAUGUAGGGCUUGUAUUGUAUGGACCCUCCUUUGUGGCUUUGCAUUUGAACUUGUAUGAACUUGUACGUACGUGUAUGGAUUGUGGACUAUAUAAAUGUUCGCUGAUGCUUAUUAUGAUGUAUGGACUAUUCUAUGAAGUAUAUGUGAAAUAUAUGAACUGCAUGAAAUUUUUAUUU